CGAAUACCAACAAGUUAGCUUCAAAAUGGAUGAUGAUUCAGCUCCCCUUUAUAGUAGCCUUAGUUGUGUCUUAUGUGUUGACUUUUUGUGUCUCUGAAAGCUCCAAAUUUGUUUUGUCCUCCUUCUCCAUAAAGAAACCUCAUCAAGUCCCCUCAUCAAGUCCUGCUCAAGGGUCGUUUGCCAACGUGGUUAAUUAUAAAGAUUUUUUAAACUGGAUCAAGAAAGUUAAUUUACGGAGUGCGCUAGGCCUUUAACUCCACAUCAUCAAAGAUAAAAUAAUUACAUCAAAAGAGGGGUUCAACUAAUUCGGGAAAAAUUUAGAAGCCUAAUUUAUAAAAAUAAUAGCUUUUCAGGUUUGAAACUGGGGCAUCGAUUAAAUGCGUGGUUAAAUUUAAAAUUUUUGCGUGUAGAUUGGCAAUAGCUUAUUUUCAAAAUAUUUAAGUAUGAUGGCGGGUUCCGUUGCGUCUGGUAGUCCACAUUCGUAUCAAGUUUUGCUUAAGAAGAAUGCAGAUGAAAAUGGCAAUGUUUGCUUGAGUGAAGGAUGGUUAUAAGCAUAGAUGGCCAAAGAAUAGUUGUGCUCGUGUUUGCUAAAAUUUGAUGUUCUGAAAUUCUGGUGACAGCUGCUAAGGUUGUUGAGAUAAUAUGCAAAUUUCCAAACUGCACUGACUUAUACAUUGGCUGAAAGAUGUGCUCAUCUUACGCAGCUUCUUCAAGACUCACCAUUGAAGGAACUUCAGUAUGUCUUUCCUUCCCUCGUGGAGAAUAUCUUUGGUUUCCAGUCUGGAUCAGACUGGGGCCUCCUUAGCCUUGAAAAAGACCUUCAGAUGAGGGAAUUUGAAACUUUAAAAAGAUUUAUGGCACCUGAUGGACCCCUUUUAAGACUUGUAUUUAAAUUUGUUGAUGAAUUUUCUCCAAAAUUUGAAUUUCCCAUUUCUUGUUUACCUAUACCUAGUCAAAGAUUACUUCAAGAAGGAAAAAUUCCCCAUUUGUAUGCCAACAAAUUACAAGCUAUUAAUCCAGGACUUCCUCCUUCUUCACUUCAACUAAAUGCAUUUGAAUUUUAUUUUUUCCAUUAUGCUUAUUUCAUUGUAAAUCCAACUUUAAAGAGCUCCUUUCAUACAGUAAAUCAACAAGAAACAUUAUAUGCUCAUUUAUUGGAAGAUUAUCUCUUUUAUUUCCUACCAACAGAGGGCAGAGCAGUUCCUCUGUACCAGACUCCUUCUAACGUUCAACAUUCUCCUAUUUUGACAUCCUCAUUAUCUUCUAAUUGUGGAAGUCCCCAUGUCACAUCAGACCAUUUGCAGUCUUAUGAUGUUCACAUUAACAGCCAUGCACGACCAGAUUUUCUUUCUCCUCUAAGAACAAAACCAAGUCUCCUUAAAAAAGGGACUGUGCUGAUGGUUGCUUCCCCAGGGUCUGGAUCUUCAUAUUUUGCAAACUCCGCUGCAGAAAGCUGGAAAUCAGAAACAUUCCUAUUAAUUUUGAAAGAAAUAUAUCUGAACCAAAAUUCAUUAGAUCAACAACAAAAUGCUAUUGAUCUCAUUCCUAAAAUAUUUGUCCCUACUCAUUAUCAUGUUUGGAUGGUAAGGAUACUGGUGAAACAUCUUCACUUCUUUUUCAAUAGUUCCUUGUUAUCUAAUCAAACCUCUGGCCAUGGUCAGAUAAUGAUCGAUAGCUUGGGACGCUUAAAAAGCUUGGGAAUGACACAAUUAAUUCAAAAAGAAAUGUAUUGCCUUUUAAAAUCUACUUUUGAUCACUGGCCUUUAGAUGCAUCGUUCAGAGUGCCUCUUGAAACUUGGCUGAGCUACAUUCAACCUUGGAGGUAUAUACAUUGUGACUUAGAGCCUUCAGUAUGGCAGAAAUUUGUGAAUGAAAACAUCUUAUUUUAUACUUCAAUUUUCCAACAAGUUCUAAGGAGAUUUCUGAGAAUGGAUUUAAACUGUCCUAAAAAUGCAUAUAUGCUCUUCAGAUUAACAAAGGUUUUCUCCACAGGAGAGCUGAGAGAUAUGAUAAUGCAAGCUGAAAGAGGAUCUGUAUCUAAACCAUCAGACAUUGGCAUGCAUAAUUCAUUUAUUCAUCGUUCACCAGAAAAGUUUUCUUUCACUAGAAAAAUUUCUCAACUUGAAGUUCCUGGCUCUACAUAUACACCUCUCUUUAGUGAACCUGUAUUUAUGAUGGUUACUCAUUUGCUUUCUGCUAUAUCUGUUGCUCGUGAAAAAGCACUGAUUCAAGAUGUAUGCCAACAUAAUAUUAGUAGAAGCUUUUUUGAUCAGUUAUCCAAUGUGUUUAAAACAUAUAGCGAUGGUUAUAAUUCAGAUGAAAACAACCCUGCUGAUAUUAGAAAAGUUGCCUCAUACUUGGAAGCAUCAUCUCAACAACUGUGUCAAUUUUUCCGAGAGGUUUUACCUCCGCCAAUAAAUACUUCAUCAGUUGCAAGUCAGCUUGGAUUUACUACUGCUGGACCAUCAACAAACAACAAUGUUGAAAAAAUACAUCAAUCCAAAUUUCAUGAAUUGUCUGUUGAUGAAAAACUUCAGUUAUUAAAUAAGAAAAAGAAACCUGAUGUUACUUAUUGGGGAAAUCCUGAUCUGCAGCCUGUACGUACAUAUGAAAUAGCAUUCCUAGUAAAGAUUUUCAAUGAAAUUUCUCAGCAUCUGAAUGAAAAGUAUUCAUCAGAGAUUCAGAAUCUGUAUAAUCAACCAACAAUAUGGGGUAAGAUGUGCCGAAGAAUGUUAUCAAAGCCUGUAAUUUACUAUAAUGUUAACAAAGCCAGCAAUAUGCAGUCUGUGUCCAUGGAACCUGUUCAACUGCCACCACGAAUUAAUCUCCGAUUUUUGGCAAAUAAGCAAUUAAUUUUUUAUCUGUUCAUUCUUUUGUUAACUAGUUACUGGUUUGGUUAUCAUCCGAUUCUCACAAUGCUUCUCUUGUCUAUAAUUUUAUUCUUAUUUCUUUUCUUAAGUGCUUUAAUCUGGCCAGUGCCCAUAGGGAGAAAAGAUGACUAAAUGCAUUAUAAAGAUUUUGAACAUUUUUAACAUAUUGCCGAAGACUAAUACAGGGAAAAAAAUAUAUAUAUAUUUUUAGUAAAUAUUUUGUACUGUAAAUAAUCAUGCAUAUCUGUAUUUUUAUGUGUCAAAAUAAAUUUUAUUGUUAGAACUUCAA